AUGAAUACCAUCCGAUCGUGUUUCGCUGCCAUCGUCGCGUUUCUCGUUGUCGCGAUCGACUGGUCAGCCGCCGACGCCGUGGUCUGUUGCAACAGUAGUUCAGUCGCGAGAGGCGGCGGGGUCGCAUAUUGCCAGAACGAAAAUCGGACAUUCCACACGGUUGAAGCGAUCGGCGGCGGCACGUGCGAUGACAACCGGACCGCCGUGCCAGUCCGGAAGUGUUGUCCACCCGGUCGGCCGUACGAUCCGGAAGUGCGGUUCUGCGGACCGGCAGGGGCGGACGGCGACGAGUACCUGCGGCGGAUGAUGCAGAUAUUGCGGGUCGGAUUCCGGGCGGUGGCCGAUGCGAUGAUGGUGGGUUACGAUUAUGAGCAGCCUAUGUGCAACGCCACUCAAGUGCUAGUCGACGUGACGGCCGUUGAGAUGGAAGCGGACCCGUCGGCCGUCGAGUUGCCACCGGGCUACUGCUUCGACGUGACGCCGUCCUAUGAGCUGUUGGCCAGGACGUGCCGGCCACGCGACCAGUACUGCGGCCAGGACGGUUACACGUGUGUCAACAAAUGCUACAAGCUCGACAAGAUAAUCGUCGUCGACGACGACAGUCGGGAUUGGAAGCAGAGCGAGAAGCCGUCCACGCUGUCCGCCUAUGAAACAGACGCGGACGGCCGUCCUGUGGGCCAGUCGAACAGCACUGUGCUGCUGUACCACGUCGAUCUCCUGUGUUCCCGUGUGAAACUAUUGCACGACGGGUUCAAGUUGACCACGAAUGGAAGCCUUUACCAUACCGACGAAGACAAGCUCGUACCGGUCACGAAAUACUGCUUGGAGUAUUAUGCCGAGGCCGGGCCAUCGAUGGCCGACAGUCUACUGGCGUUCAUAUGCGCUGAAGACACCGAAUCCCCAGCCAUCCGAAUCCCCGAGCAAUCGUAG